UUCGUAUUUCGUUAAGUUUUUAGUCAAUAUUCAAUUGAUUUCAAUGUGUUGUUAUGUAUACUCAAGCAAUAAUUUAAAUCUAAAAUAACUCUUUAACAAAAAACUAAGAUGAAAUUAAAUUUGCUUUUUAAAACUGUUCUACUUAAUUGAAUAUUACGGGAUUCGGCGUACCAUAUCAGUGUAAAAGUGGACUGAUUUUGUUUUCAAGUUUGUGAAAAGAAACUGAUUAUGUCUACCUUAAUACAAUCAUACGAACAACAAUAUUCAGUUUUAACAGCGGAGAUCACGUCUAAAAUUGGGCGACUAAAGUUGGGAAAUGACGAUAAUCCUGACAAAUUAUCUAGAGAGAUACAAUCAAGUUUUGAAGAAGCUAAUGACUUGCUGGAACAAUUAGAAUUGGAGUAUCGUGGUUCAGGUGUUGGGUCCAGGGUUGCCGCCUAUCGUGCUGAACUGCAGCGUGUUAGAGAUGAGUACCGCUCGGUGAUUAGCAAUUCUGCAGCUUACAAUAUCGAUCCUGAUGACUACGAAGACUGGUCGACAGUAAAUGAGCAAAACCAGAAGCUGUUGGACAAUUCUGAGAGGCUGGAGAGGUCUGGCAAAAACCUAACUGAAGGCUACCGUAUCAUUUUGGAAACAGAACAAAUUGGUAAUGCUGUUCUGCAGGACUUACAUCACCAAAGGGAAACUUUACACAGGACGAGGUCAAGGUUACGAGAAACAGAUGCAGACCUAAACCGGUCCACUCGUCUGGUGAAGGGAAUGAUGAUGAGGGCGAUACAGCACAAGGUUAUAUUAGCAUCAGUGCUGGGUGUGAUAGCUGUGUUAGGAGUAACUGGAAUAUACUUUUACGUCACGUAGUUUCGCAUAACAGGGUCGCAUUGAUGGGUUACACAUUACAAGUCAUCAUCGUACCUGAUUCACCAAGCGUUCCGUUAUUCUGAAUGACAUUUAUUUGCACCGUAUUCAAACACAAACAGAUGGUAAACAAAUGUAGAGUUUUAAUAAACUAAUCAAUAAGGGAAGAAAUAUAUUAUAAAUUGUACCAAAGCGUUGUUUUAUAGUCUGUGCUGUAUACACACGAGAUAAGUGACAGCUAGGCUAAAGUGUUGCCAGUGCGAAUUUACACGAUUGCGUAUGUAAAAAUAAGAUUACCUCGUGUAUACUUUUAUGUUUAACUAUAAUAUAUAAUUGUGUGAUAUUUAUGUGAAUAAGAACAGUUUAAAAUAUAUUGAAGUUAUGGUGUAUUGCACCUAAUAUGUAUUGAUUGUGUGGCUUAAGUGUGAGACUCUCAUCCCUGAGGUUGUAAGUUCGAUCUCCGGCUGUGCACCAAUGGACUUUCUAUGUGCGCAUUUAACAUUCGCUUGGACGAUGAAGAAAAACAUGAGGAAACCGGCUUCACUCGA